AUCACUUCUUACAUUGCAGACAGACAUUGAACAUUUGGACCAGUGAAAGGAGAUACUUGGGUACACUCUUGGGAGAGCAGUUCCUUCAGCUAAUUGAACAUCUUGUGCCUCGCCAUGGGCACCGGACACUAUUUCUGGGCGAUCUUUUACUUCACCAGCCUGUGCAGCGCCUCACUAGCAAAUAAUGCCAAAAUAAAUUUCCGAGAAAAGGAGAAAAAAGUCUUAGAUCAAAUUUUAGGUGCAGGCAAAUACGAUGCCAGAAUUCGACCAUCGGGAAUAAAUGGCACAGAUGGUCCCGCCGUUGUGCGCGUCAACAUAUUCGUUAGAAGUAUAUCGAAAAUCGAUGAUGUAACCAUGGAAUACAGCGUCCAGCUGACAUUCCGAGAGCAGUGGACGGAUGAACGUCUCAAAUUCGAUGACAUACAGGGACGCUUAAAAUAUCUCACACUGACGGAGGCUAAUCGUGUCUGGAUGCCUGAUUUGUUCUUCUCCAAUGAGAAGGAGGGACAUUUUCACAACAUCAUAAUGCCAAAUGUGUAUAUACGCAUCUUUCCUAAUGGUUCCGUGCUCUACAGUAUACGUAUCUCAUUAACAUUAGCCUGUCCAAUGAAUCUCAAACUGUAUCCAUUGGAUAGACAAAUUUGCUCACUUCGCAUGGCAAGCUAUGGCUGGACGACCAACGAUUUGGUGUUCCUUUGGAAGGAGGGUGAUCCUGUGCAAGUGGUAAAGAACUUACAUUUACCUCGCUUCACAUUGGAGAAGUUUUUGACUGAUUACUGUAACAGUAAAACCAACACGGGUGAAUACAGUUGCCUCAAAGUCGAUCUACUAUUCAAGCGAGAAUUCUCAUAUUACUUAAUACAAAUUUAUAUACCAUGCUGUAUGUUGGUCAUUGUCUCAUGGGUAUCAUUCUGGCUGGAUCAAGGCGCAGUGCCAGCGCGAGUAUCGUUAGGUGUUACCACAUUGCUCACAAUGGCCACACAAACAUCGGGCAUUAAUGCCUCACUGCCUCCAGUUUCCUAUACAAAGGCAAUUGAUGUAUGGACCGGCGUCUGUCUGACGUUUGUCUUUGGGGCACUACUCGAAUUUGCUCUGGUGAACUAUGCCUCCCGCUCAGGUUCGAAUAAAGCUAACAUGCAUAAGGAGAAUAUGAAAAAGAAACGUCGCGAUUUGGAGCAGGCCAGUUUAGAUGCCGCUUCAGAUCUGCUCGAUACAGAUAGCAAUGCAACAUUUGCAAUGGCAUCGCAAUAUUCACGUGGUGGCGGUCUCCAGAAACCGCUGGUGCGUCAUCCCGGUGAUCCGCUGGCUCUGGAGAAGCUGCGCCAAUGCGAGGUGCAUAUGCAGCCACCGAAACGUCCAAGCUGCUGUAAGACUUGGCUAUCCAAGUUCCCCACCAGAUCGAAGAGAAUCGAUGUUAUCUCACGGAUCACAUUCCCGCUGGUCUUUGCGCUCUUCAAUCUGGUCUACUGGAGCACAUAUCUCUUCAGGGAGGAGGAUGAUGAGUAA